AUUUGAUUAUUUUUGACUAUUAGCUUAUUAUUGGUUUGUACGUAGUACUACCACAAAUUGACGAAAGUGCACGCACAUUUAUAACUGGUAGUAUAAUUAUCGUAGAUGAAUAGGCAGAUUUGAGCGGAUAAUCGGAUUACGAGAGUUGGAUAACAUUAUUAUUCGAAGAAUUGCGCGCUCGCGAUUCCGUACGCUCACGCACCCACCUUUGCAGAAUCUUCUUCGAGUCACGGUUAAUAAGACCACACAGGUCGGCGUCUCUCUGCGAUGGUUAAUUGCAUCGAACAUGCACGAACGUACCGCCUUCGUUCACGCAUUCUUAUCUUGCCCUCGACAGGCACGAAACCUCGUCAGUUACGGAAUUCUCCAAAAUCGCGAUUAUCUAGUCGAGAAAAGAUAGAAUUUGGUUUUGCAAGAAUCGCACAUUUCUAUACAAAUUUUCAGAUUUGUCUCAAGUUCUGACAACGUAAUCUCGCAAUAACCUGUCGGAAUAUAGUAUUAAUGAAGUUUCAAAAGCUUGGAUAUAACACACGUAAUACAGCCAUAAAGAAUUUCUGUGACAAACGUUCGAAUAAUUUUGCAAUUGAAUAAUUUCACUAUCAAUUCAAUGUUCUUUCUCGUUACAUGCAAGGAGGAUUUUAUCUUUUAUUAUCGUCAGUAAUAAUUUAUUCCUAUCGUGCAUCGUAAAAUAUUACGUGGUACGUUAACAUUUAUUCCUAGUAGUUAAUGUGCAAUAAUGGAAUCGACAUCUGUAAACGUCAAUUUGUAAACCUUACGCAGGAAGUUUGUUGGAAGAAUUCUUUAGCAUCGACAGAGAGAUAAGAUAACCCUGGGAGCACGAUCGGUUGCACCUUCCGAUCUCGUCGGUCGCUCGUUAAUCGGUACACCCUAUAGAGGCACCUGGCAUCGGGUUAAGCGAGUCGAAGAGUAUCUAUAUAAACGCGUAGGUGGAGGGGGCACGGUCCCCGUUGGAGGCCUCGACGGCAGAAAAUCGUAUUGGGGGACCGUAUCGAGCUGAACAAGGAAAAACCGAUACGCAGAGCGAAUAGAAAGGAGAAGAAAGAUAGUAAUGGGACGAAGAUGGCGCUAGUUGUGGCCAGAAGAGGAAUCGCCCGCCAUGGAUCUGUUGCUUGCAUUAGCGGUAGUGAUGGGACCGACUUGAUACUUAUCUACCUGGUUUCGAAACCCUACACGUUAAUUUAAAUAUUCCGAUUCUCCACGUGCACGUGGCAAAGCAAGAUGGAAGGGAAAAAGGAGCGCUCACCAUGCUAGAAACAUAGUCUUAUACUCUACGUAAUAACAGUUUUCAUCUGCACAAGCUGCAUCUCUGAUGUUAUCUCGCAAGAAAAUCUCAGGUUUUAAGUUCAAUGACUAAUAUCUGCCAUCAAUUUCGCAACAUGUGCGAACACGAUCACGUCCAUGAAACGAGUGUAGCUCGAUUUCACGGGUAUAUAACCAGACUGCCCAACGAGCAACGCUUGAACCUGACACGCUAACAUUUGAAGAGAGAGGGCAGUUGAAAAAGUUGACAAGCAAUCGACACCAGCCGCAUGUUGUUUCCAUCGCUAAUCAAUGGGGGCCUCUCUCUACCUGCCUGCCUCUUAACCUGCCAUCCUCGGUGCAGGGGCAACGCUUACCGAGGAGGCUGAAACGGUCAGGUAGGGAGUCGUGGACGAAGACAGACGAGGAAAGACGAAGGAAGAGUAAGAAGGAAGGAGCGAGAGAGAAAGGGGAAGGGGCCCGGUUCUUCCACCACUUCCACCGCCGUUAACGCCAUCUCUUUCCCUUUCCACCGUCUCUCCUCGUUCCUCGACGGGCCCCGGGACUAAAAUUCAGGACAGAAAACCGUCCGGUUAGUUCGAGGCUGCUGGCAGAGAACGCGUUACCGGCGAUCGCGAGUCGAUCUCGGCAAGGUGUGGCGGUUCGUCCGAAAGAGAGAGGAGAAAGACAGGAGAGGAGAGCGCAGAGAAGAUCAAGACCCGUCGAAACGGGCAUUCGAAACGAGCGAGAGAUUCCUCCCCUCCCCGUUAAAGGACAGACAUAACCUCGACUCGAGUCGGUUAGUUUGCCUCUUUUUAACUAACUUUGAAACGUAGCUCGGCCUUUCUCGCUCGCUCACUCUCCCUUCGUCCGCGUUUCACUCGAGCUCUUCGCGGAGGAUCUCCGCCGUGGAGUCAGUAUCCCGUGAUGGUUAGGUACGCGCGAAUCCACUCGCGCCGCGUCGUUGACAAGUGAACUCUGCGAACAACAAGCGACGCUUUCUUACAUAUACGAUAUACAAAAUCAUUGGAAUUUUUCUAUAUAUUUUUGUAGUAUUACAAAUCUGUGUUUUCAUUUUCUAAACUUCGUGCUUCGGAUUACGUUUCCGUUCCGUUUCGUUUGCUUCUGCCUUCCGUUCCAACCGAGUUUCUUUGGCCAACGAGGAACGUACACAACAGUAAACAGAGAAACGCAACCGUGUGCAUAUAAAGAAACGCCUGGCGAGCGUGGAAAAGUGCUUUGGACUGGAGUCGCGCAGCUGUCAGAUCGACCGAGGCGAGCUUCUACUCUUCUUGUUCUUCUUAGUCUUCUUCUUCUUCUGCUUCCUUCGCUUCGACGAGCUGGUGUGUGUCUGCCACAGGAUUUGUGUACACCUAUAGAAGCGCUACAGAGAUACGGUUGUGCAUGCUGUAUGCACUACGUGGGACGUACGUACCGUACAACUUGUUCCUCUGCUCACCGAAACCAACCGCCGCCACCGCCGCCGCUGCUGUCUGCUUACCGAAGACCCGUUGAUUCUUGGCCGCGGCUGCGUUGCUUAAUUUCUGCGAAAAUCGCCGCAAGCUCUCAGCAUCCCGGACCCGUUCCGCUGCCGUCGAACAGUGAGUGAUGGCCCUGCGUCUGAGGAGCAGCAAGGAUGUCAAGAAGAGCUCGUACUAUGUUUGGUACCUGGGCGCUCGAGAGGCCAAGGGGGUGGAUGCGAUGCCUGGUGCCAUAGCUUACCUGCUCGAGCGAGAACGGCUUCAGGAGCCUUUCAAGGUCACGCUGCAGGUGAGCAACAAAGGCCUGAAGAUUAUACAGACGGUCCAUCCGGGCGGUUCGACGAGGUCGGCCGUGAAGCAUUUAGUGCCAGGACACGCUGUACUCGCUGCGGUACAACGAGAGGACGUCGUCGCCGCCACUCUUCUGCUUCCAAAUCCGGCCACCAAUAAUCCUGUCCACGUGCACGCCUACAGAUGCGACUCGGUUGAGACAGCGGAAUUAUUGGGUGGCCAGUUGAAAGCAUUGGCAUCACACACCGACAAUUUGGCAAGGGUGAACUCGCUGGAAGGCAGAGCUCGUAGCAAUUUAGGUAGCGACGGUAGGAGCACCAGAGAAUCAGAGUCAUCGGAGGGUAGUGGCGAACUUAGACACGAUACCGUGCAGACUACCACGAUAUACGAGUCUUUGGCUGCGGAAUUGCGUGCCAAGCUGGGCAGAGGCAACUCAGGGGACAAUGACGUGGGUCCGAUUUUGCUGCCUCCGCGGGAUUACGAUACGGUGCACCGACACCGGGGCAAUCUGGCUGGAAUAGAAUUCAGGCGUUGUCUGAAUCAAACGAUCGUAGGCGGUAGUACUACGGUUGACAGAGGUGGCACGAGGAGUGCGGCGAGCAGUGGAAUAGGCUCGGACAGCGCUGCUACACCUCCACCUUAUCAGAGUCAUCAUCCUUUGGGCCCCAGACCCUCCAGACCUUCUAGAGAUUCUUCCUCCGACGACGACUGGGGAGUGCCAGCAGAAGAGAAUGAUUAUUUGCCAGAGACGGAAACGACUGGGACGAGUCUAACGCUGCCAAGAUUACCGAGAAGUCCUGAAAGAUUGCCCAGUCAAGUGAACAGAGGUGUUUCACCAAGUUGUAAUAGAAGUCGUAGAGCACCAGAGUUUAGGCAACGAUCGCCUAGCCCUCAGUAUCAACCGAGGAUGAAUCCUGGUGAAGUGACGAGCCCUAGAGAAAGAUUCCAGGAUGCUAAGGAGAUGUUUCGAGCUAUGGAGAGAGAGGCUAUCUCUAGACCUGUCCUUUCAAGGCAGAGAGAUGUUGACAGCCAUCCUGCUCAUAGGGUCGAGUCAGCGAGGCAGAGCCACGAGGACCAAUCUACUCGUCAGCAUUCGGCAAGCAACAGUUCAACGACUGGCCACGAACACCUGAUCAGACGGAAUCAUUCGGAGGUAUCGGAACGAGAGAACGAUAUUUCUUACAGGGCCCGACCACGGCCGCGAACCCAUCAUUACGCGAUGGAACGCCCACCGGAGCAAGAGGUCUCGAGGCCUCGGCCGAGAAGCUUCUACGAAAACCCAACCGUUGGAAGAGACUUCCGAGAUCAAAGGAACGUCGCUGAUCCGAGAGAAGCUCGAGAUUUCCGUGACCGUGCACACGUGCGAGAGAUACGCGAGAAAGUGCGUGCCAGGGCAACCACGUACCAGGAACUCUCCGAACACGAGAGAUACCCAGGUCUGGAUCGCGACAGCGCCAGGCCACCCUUGGAAAUUGUGCCCACACCGGGUCGAUAUCGACACAGCUACGCAGAGCCACCUAGACUCGGUCUAGCAGCCCUUCAUCCGUACUGAGUCGAUUUGCUCGUUGUUAACUAAUAAAUUAUUUAAUUAAUCGACCGUAUCGUUAUCGUACCAUUCGCGGCUGUCCAGCGUCCUCGACGAUUCUUCGUGAAGACGUUAAAUGUAGUAAUUACGGGGAGCAAAUAUAAACCUCAUGACGAUCAUUUCAUAUUAGGAUAUUUUGUUGAGAAUUUCUUUAGAAAACGUGAUUCGUUAUAGAAAGAUCUAGGUGUAUUUUCCAAGCUUCUGUUCUUAAAUAGCAACAUUUUUUAGAUUCCUCUGUUUAAUUAAUCCUUUCAGGAACAAUUUUGUCCACCCUAUGGUAUAGAAAAAUUGUUAAAAAUAAUCAUAGAUAGUAAUUUAGAUAGAUAUUUAUCUCUGGAAAUUUCAUUUCAUUAAAUUGUGUUGAUGAAUAGUAAUAAUAAUUUUAUUCCAAUAGAAACAUAUCUUUUGGAAUGAUUUUUUAAACAAUGUACAUCGCACCAAAAUUUCAGAUUAAUUUUACAAACAAGUGCGUUUAUCGUUUGUAUUAAUUAAUAAGUCUCUAAAGUACGAUGUUGCACGACAUUUUUUGUUGGCAUUGCAUAGCGUGAAAGGGUUAAUUGAAAUCUGAUAAAUCUUCUCAUAAAUCUUAUAAACCUUCCUAAAUUUACAAUUAUUGUUGUUAUAAUGUUCACUGCCAUAUUGUAUCUCUCUCAAUUAACAUCAGAAUCGAAAGAGGAAAAGGAAUAAAAUUUAUUCUUCUGAAAUUAUAUUAUAAUGGCGAAGCUACACCUCUUGUGUGCUUUUCAUUUCGAUGGUUUCGUUUGCCUCACUUUUAUACGAUAGAUUCAAGGAGGUCGUGGAUUUUUCUAUGGAAAAACAUCGAUGGCCCUGAGCGAUCAGGACGAAUGGUGAUCGAGCAUUUAUUAUUCUCUCUUGAGCUCGUGCCGUUCGUCGCGACAUGAUCCUCGAAGUCGUGGGUCGUCUGUUGACCUUUGACUUCCGUGCACUAUAUUGUUAUUCGCGCCGGAUGCCAGACUAACGAUAAUGAUAGGAACAAGUAACAAGCAGUAAUAUUGACAGUAACAAUAACAAUAAUAACGGUUAAUAACAAAUAA